AUGACAAUGCAGCAUGACAUACCCAGUAGCGAAGAGUUAGAUGUUAUGGAAAUUGCUCUGUGUGUACUACUGAAAGAAGAUUUGCCAGGCUUAAGAUCAAAGAUACUUCAGAUGAGGCCAGAGGAAUUCGCACUCUGUACCGGGUCCAUCGGGAAAUUCUCACAGAAUCUUUCAUUAUCAACGUACAAAAAGUACAGACCUUAUUCUGCCCAGGAAGAGUUAUAUGCCAAAAAGUGGAAAGAGAAAACCCUUUCUCGAAAGAUGUUGAGGCACGUUCUGUAUUUUCCCGGGGGAGAUGCUGUGCACUGCGGGCCAGAAUUCCUCGAAGCUUUAAUUUAUGAUUUUGUGUCGUACUCGCUGGCCGCAUCUAGACUCAUAUCAAAUGCUAGCGGAACACGCAGUCUUGACUCGCCUCUUGACAGCGCUGAAAGACUGGUUCGCGAAAAUCUAUAUGCCGUUAUGCAGCAAUGUCGCAGAUUGCGAGAGAAUCCUCGACUCUUUCCCAACGAGGUUUCGAAGACGGAAUUCUUUCUCAAGAUCAGCAAGAUCAGCGAGUCUUUUCACAGUCUCGUCGAAAUUUCUAGGAGUUAUGACAAGAUUCUUAAGUCAGCAUGUCAACCCAUCGCAAAGAUAGAUCAACCGAUAAGCACCGACUUCAAAGAGAAACAUUUUAUUUCGCCCAGUAGUGAAGUGGUAGCCGAUAGCUCGGAAAAUACCAUCUCAAAUGUUCCAGAAUUCUUACCAGACAAAGCACACGCCAGGGAUGGACCGUGGCUCAAUUGGCUGCAAAAUUCCGCUUCUUCUUAUGAGGGAUGUAUCGCAAUACAGCAGAAGAUUCCUCGAGUGGGCGACAAGUUGACUAGGCAGAUAUGUCUGCUGUAUGACGCAAUCUCUGAGGAUUUUACCCAGAAUGAAUUUAUGGGAGAAGAUGAAGGCGACAUCAACUACGCUGACGUUGUACCUUCUCCGGGCCAUGAUUAUGCUCACUUCACAUGGUCUGGGUUUCGUACGGUUCCAGUAUAUGAGCUGGGAUUUCAAAACGGCAAAAGGAAAACCUAUGACAGCAACGGAAAUGUAACUAUUGAGCAUCUCUCUCGGUUAUUGUGCAAAUUAAAAGGGAAAGGUUACGGGAUACAGCAGCAGUCAUCAAACUGCCCAUAUUUUAGGUUCGCACUUGCAUAUCGGAUUUAG